AUGGUGGCGCUGACUCUGCCUCGGGAACGUUGCGCUGGUGGUGAUGUUGGUCUUCAAUUCCAUUCGGAUCUCUUGUGUUCCUCUAUUGAUGUUUAUGAGGAGCUUAGCAAACGGACCUCGGCCGCCAUAGCUGUCCUAGGUGAUACUCCGUACAGCAGUUGCUGCGUGGACGAGCUGGCUGGCAAACGAUGGGGUGUGGAUGCCGUCAUCCACUUUGGGAACGCCUGUUUAACUGAAUCGACUGGGGAGAUCAGUGUGUUUUACGUCUUUGGUGACAUUCCUUGUCCGUCUAUCAAUGACAAUUUGGCCAAGAUAGGCGAUCAAAUUACGCAGUACCUUUCAUGUCAUGACGGUCCGACACUGUUUUUCUACGAUUUUCGCUACAGCAACACAGCGAAAAAAUUGGCUGACCAUCUUGCGUCAGGGAGUAUUAACCUUGUUUUCUCUGAACCCGCUCUACCGGGCCUUGAUAUCACAACAGAUGCCUCGUUCGUUAAACAUGCAGGGAGAGUUUUCCGCUGCAGUGAUAAAUUGAAGUCUCCCCGAUGUCUUCUUUAUCUCGGCGAAUGCGACUCAGCCUUCUAUAGUACUUUGGUCAGUUUAAAGGAGGCCUAUACAAUCAAGGCCUUCACAAUUGAUCCUACAUCCGGACAAGUUGCUCCCGCCCCAAAGUCCGCCUUGGCAUUCCUCCGCAGACGAUACUUCCUCAUGGAAAAGAUUAAGUCAGCCAAACGGAUAGGAAUUCUGAUGGGUACCCUUUCGGUGUCACGGUAUCGCGACAUCGUGGCAAGAUUAAAACGCCUCCUUCGACGUGCAAAGAAGCCCUACACAACGUUGGUUGUAGGGCGAAUAAACGAAGCGAAGUUAAUGAAUCUCCCAGAUCUGGACGGUUUUGUUUUGGUCGCCUGUCCACAGACCAGCAUUUUUAAUGAUCCGAACCUUCUCAUUCCUGUGGUCACACCCUUUGAGCUCGAAUGUGUCCUCUAUGACCUCUCUACAGAGGGUGGGGCUUCAAUUGAGCAUCCUAGACGUUGGAAUGGUCUCUGGAUGCCUCUGGAUUUUGCUGCGGAUAUACUUGAUUCAGAAUCAGCAAUCUUCGCACCGGAAGAGAGUGUCGUUCCUGCGAGAGACUCGGAGGAAACCGUCGGAAAGGAGGAGCCAAAGGAAGGCGCCUUGGUGUCUCGUGACAGCGCGAACUGGAGUCUCGCUCUGGCCUGCGAAGAUCUCCUUUCGGGUACUCGCGACUCCUGGCGUGGACUUGACCCCGCGCUGGGUCAGACGCCACCUCUCAUCACUAUCAAGCGCGGUCGUACUGGCCUUCCUACCAAAUACUCUACCCUUUGUGAAUGA